UUACAGGAGUUGAGGUCCAGGCACCUGCCACAUGCGACUCGACACGCGCGAAUCGGCGAGUUUGGGCGCAGAAACACGCGCCCACUUCCCCGUCCUGCGGAGGGAUAUCGGACGGCGUCAACAGAGCGGCGCUGCUUGCGGCCGCGCGUCAGUGGGAGUUGCAGCCGGAUCGCAGCUGCGCCCCUAUUGUGCGUCCGCCAGCAUCAUCCGCCGCGGCUGCCUGCAAUGGCGCUGGAGCGGCUCCGCUGUUGACUGACCGCUCCGUCCCCGGACUCUUCCCAAGUCUGAGACACGAGCCUGAGCAAUGUCUCCGUCGACCGCUUUCCCCACGACAGGACCGAGAUGCUCUCAAACCUGGAGUAGAAAACAGUGCUAUUUCGACUCAAAACAAGCCAUGAAUGUUUGAUCACUUCACAGCUGAGAGGACUGCACAGUCACGUCAAGUGGAUCAGUUCCAGAGGACUUACACUACACUUCUAAUGAGGCCAUGGCGAUGCUGACAUUCUCUUUGAAAAAUCCAAAGACAUCAUCAUGCUGAAGACGGAGGCCUCGGGGGAGAGGACCUGUCUCCGGAGUGCCUCCCCUCACCGCAAUGCCUACCGGGCGGAGUUUCAGGCGCUCAAGAAGGCCUUUGACCAGCCCCGGAUUGACGGAGAUUCCAAACCCAAAGACCUAGAUCGGGCGAAGCAACCGAGGGGCCGACAGUAUGGGGCUCACGUUAGUCGCAUCAAGGACAUGUUCAUGCAGAUGGGCUCUGAAAAUACAGCAGCUAAGGCAAAGGAUCGCGAAGAGUGCUCUCCUCAAAAGUUGGUCAAACCCACCAACUUUAUCAACAAGUCGGAUGGUACUGUGAUAAGACUGCAACAUUCGUCGUCGGCUGACAGGAUUGGUAGCGCUGGAGCAAAGUUUUCCGAAACACGGAAGCUGUUCGAACAGCAGUCUCGUGAUCAAUCCCAAUCACCGGUCUUUCCCUAUGGGCGCGACAAAAGGGGCUCCCACGAGCACCUCGAUGAUUGGAGAGGUGCCAGAUCCAAUCGAGGCAGUACCGAUUCAUUAGACUCUCUUUGCUCAAGAACAGAAGCCUCCUCUCCGACAGUCAGUCAACUCAGCGCUGUUUUCGAAAAUGCAGACCAACAGAACCAAAGUGUUCCCUACAGAGGUGUCAGCAGACGGGCCUUGUACUCGCCAGAUGGAUACCACCGCCAAGGAGGGGAUCUCAGUGAGGAUGACUCAAGACAAUCUCCAAUUCGUGGUAAUUACCGAAAUAAGAUGGGAGGGAAAUUCCCUUCAUCUUUGUCAUCUGAGGACCUCUUGGGUUCAGGUCCUGUGACUGCAGAUCUGAAAUGUGAAACGAACAAAGAUAAUGCCCCGGACAAAAGUACUGCAGCAGAGAAGACCCAACCAAGUGCCCAAACUAACGGAGGCCAGGUCAACGGCUCUUGCCACGAAGAGGAGAAACCCUCUGAAAAAAGGAAAUACAUCGAAGAUUUUGAAGACUCUGAAACUGGUAAACCUUCAGGUAAAGCUGCAACAGCCAAUAAAACUCCUGAGCCAACUCCUAGAGCUAAAGACACCCAAGAAGAAGAUGCCACAACGGACCAUCCAACCUGUGAGUCUCCCAAGGACCAGGUGGACGAACCAAGUGAGGAGUACACUGGGAACGAGAGAGUGAUAUUUAACGCGGAUGGGGAUGCUUGCUACCAAGGCUGGGGCGAGAGUUGCACUGACCCUGAGGACGACCUAUAUGACGAUGAUGAGGAAGACAUUGUCUAUGACCCGGGCUCUGAUCUAACACAGAUACCAGGUCUACCAGAAGAAAAGAAAGAGGACAUCCCUGCAAAGCGGAAGAUUUGUUUCAGCACUGCUCCCAUCACAGUGUUCAACACAUACUCUAAUGAGGAUUACGACAGACGUAACGAAGAGGUGGAUCCCGUGGCCUCAUCUGCAGAGUAUGAACUCGAGAAGCGAGUGGAGAAACUUGAACUCUUCCCUGUGGAGCUUGAGAAAGAUGAUGACGGUCUGGGGAUCAGCAUCAUCGGCAUGGGUGUUGGUGCGGAUGCAGGUCUGGAGAAGCUUGGCAUCUUUGUCAAAACGGUCAUCGAAGGCGGAGCCGCUGAGAGAGAUGGCAGGAUUAAGGUGAACGACCAGAUAGUGGAGGUGGACGGGACCAGUCUGGUGGGAGUCACUCAGAGCUUUGCUGCCUCGGUCCUCCGGAACACAUCAGGAGUGGUUCGGUUCCUGAUUGGCCGAGAGCGUCCGGGUCAGCAGAGCGAGGUGGCGUCGCUCAUCCAGCAGACCCUGGAGCAGGAGAGGAGGCAGAGAGAGUUGCUGGAGCAGCAGUACGGUCACUAUGACGCGGACGAUGAUGAGCAGACAGGAGAAUAUGCCACAGAUGAUGAGGAAACGGGCACGGCGGCGGCCAGCGGCGACAAGAGCAUCGAGGUGUUUGACCUUCCAGACUCGGAGGACAUCUUGUCCCCGUCUGAGUUGGACGCCACAAAACUCUACCAGAAGUUCAGAGAGCUCCAGCUCAAACACACAGUCACCGAGGCCGAGAUCCAGAAGCUGAAGAACAAGUUGGCAACAGUGGAGAGAGAGAAGCAGCGCUGGGAGAAGGAGAAGAGCCAGCUGAAGGCGAGCAUCGAGGAGAACAAGGAGAGGAUGAUGAAGCUGGAGAGCUACUGGAUCGAGGCUCAGACCCUCUGCCACACGGUCAACGAGCACCUGAAGGAGGCCCAGGCUCAGUACCAGUCCCUGGAGAAGAAGUACAACAAGGCCAAGAAGCUCAUCAAGGACUUCCAGCAGAAAGAGGUGGAGUUCAUGCAGAAGGAGGAUGCCGAGAGAAAGCGGCUGGAGGAGGCAGAGAAAGCUCAUCUGGCCGAGAUCCAGGGCCUGCAAGUCAGAAUUGCAACACUGGAGUCGGAGCUGAUGCAGCUGAUGAAGCAGAAUGGCAUCCAGGUCAACAACAACAACAACAGCAACAACAGUGGCGCUUCCUUGCAGCACAGCCCAAGCAGAGCUGCGGCGCCGACCCGAGAUGGCUCCAGCUACUCUCCCAGCAAAACAAUGAGCUACAGAAACGUCAGCCGUGACAGCAUCAGCUCCACAGAGGGAGAGGUCCUGGAGGGUCACGGCAGUCCCAGCCACCGUCGCUGCGGUUCCCUUCGCAGCGUGACGUCAUGCGAUGCAGCAGCAGCAGCGUUCAGGGCCCCGGGCAGCGCAGAGAGCUCUCCAAGACGAGUGCUGUAUUCCAGGUCCACUUCAAGAGACGGCCAAGACGGUUCCCCUGCCAAGUCCAGCCCUUCUCCCAGUCUGGAGGAGCAGAGAGUCCAGGAGUCCGGGUCAUGUCUCAGGAAAAGCAUCAUGAAGGACAAAGAUUAUAGAGCUUCACCUGCUAACAGUUCCUCAGAGCGGUCAGCAGAGGGCAGCCCUGAGAAAACAAAGUUCAAGAGAGACCUUACAUGGCCCCACUUCUUCUCCUAUUCCUAUUAUUUGGGACCGCCUGUGACGGAGGACGCGAGCGGCAGCGGCAGCAGCAGCAGCAGCUCGGUGGAGCUCAGUGGUCAGCUGGGUGAGGCAAAGAUCAUGGGACGUUCUCACAACCUGCUGCUGUCUUCAGAUGAGAGUCUGGAUAUGGUGGAUGAUGAGAUCUUCGACGAGGGUCCGCUCUCGAAACAGUGGCAGAGCAGCGGCAUCACCGACUGGACUCCUCAGCAGGUGGCGCGCUGGCUCACGGGGCUGAAUUUAGAUCACCAUAUCCCAGAAUUCACUGCCAAGGACGUCGAUGGCCAGAAGCUGCUGCAGUUGGAAAGCGAGGAGCUCAAGUCCCUCGGCGUGUCGUCCGCUCAGGAUCGUGCCCUGAUGAAGAAGAAGAUCAAGGAGCUGAAGGUUCUACUGGAAAAGGCCAAGAAGAACCAGGAGAAGUUUGAGAAGCAGCGCGAGAAACUACGAAAGAGAGAGCUGGAGCAGUGAGAGCUUCCCGUUUCAGUCUGCGAACUUCAGCCAGUAGCACCGGCUGCAUCCAAACGGACGCUGCGCGACCACCUCCCGGCGAUCCAGCUGAGGUUCUCCUUCCAAACUUCAGACAACCAAAACAUCAAGUUUGGCUACUUGGGUGCUUCCCUUCCUUUGGCCUCAGUUUACACACUGGAAUCCAUCACCUUUUAUUUUCAUAUGAAUUCAGUAAAUCAGGUUUAUUUAUUUGGGCUGUGAGCUCUUCACCUCAUCCCUCUCCGCUCUCACAGCCGGCGAGAGACGCGGAUCCUCCAACACGGAUAUAUAUAUAUAUAUUUAUAACUGGAGUCGUCAUGCUGCUGGAACUGGCUGCAGAAGUGAAGUCAGACCUCAGAAACCACCAUUAUUUAAUACGCAAACUCUACACUGCUGUAAGUAAUGACAUGUAAAAACACUGGAAUGGGUGUGAUCCAGACUUCAGGUACAAUGUUUUUCAUUUAAAAUAACCCUCAACCAUCACCACUAAUGAACCUGUAUGCGUACAUGCUUGUAACCUGCUUUUUUUUAUAUUCUCUCUCAAAGAAAGUACGACCCAGCCGUUGCCUUUAGAGACCAGUAGUGUUUGUUUUUUCCAAAGUUGUCGUCGCCGACGCAGUGAGUGAGCUUUCUCUUCCUCCCCUCCUGUCCAUCUUUGCAAUACUGAACAUUUUAGGAAUACAGACGCCAUAAUGACGGUCCUUGUUGUCGAUGGGUGUGUGACACUGGAAGAUGCAAUUCACAUUUCCUUACAAGAGAAUUGUUUGUACUUUAGUUACGAUGAGAUACAUUUGCAUUAUAAAGUGACGGUUUAGCUUCUGUUGCACUGUAUAAUCGUACGUUAUAGACUGUCGACACCGUGAUAGGAGUUAAGGCAGCUUGAGUUCCGAUCUCACCGACGAAACUGGGGUCGAUUCAACCGUCGUGUACUGCAGGUAACAGUGAUUUAUUCAUGUUUAUAUUUAUUUAUAUAUGUAUUUAACAAAGAAUCUAUCCGUUGUUUAUGAUCAUGUGCACAGAGUAGGUACAGUAAUAACACCUAAUAAUGAUUAUCCUGGAUUAUUUUUGCCAAAACAUUAUGAAAAUGUUGAUUUUAAAAAUGUGCUCUGAUGAACUGUGAAGGAUUUUUCUUUUCCCUUUUGUUGUUUUCAUGUAUUUUUUUAAUCCCAUAUGAACGUAUUCACGACUAGCUAGUGUUGGAAGCGUUUGAUCAGUUAGCAUUCCAUAUUGACGGUCAAAAUAUCAUGCUAGCUGACAGCAUGCUAGCAAUCUGGUUAGUGAAGAGAAAACGCUAACAGACCAAUAGGAGCAACACAAUUCAUCUAGCUGUCUCUAGCUAGCCAAUGUAGCUUAGCAGUUUAUCUUCCACGGUCAGGCUUAGCGUAUGAAAUCGACUUCAGUGUUAGUUGGAAUGAUUUUGGCGGGAAAAAACGAAUGCUAAAAAUGCUAACAAACCAAGGUGAGUCAAAUUUAGCAGCUGCAUUGACGCAGGCUAGCGCAGCUGCAGGCUAACCUCUUCCCAAACUCUACAAAUAUAGAUGGAUAAAGACGUGUCAAAUGAUCCACUUUAAAUACGCACUGACCAUUUUGAUAGUAUUUGACUAUUUACACAUUGACACGUCAAGUCAGGAGGAAGUGAGUCGGCUAGUUAUUUCCUGGACAAUGAAGCUAAAAAUAAACACGGAUGUUUUGUACCUCAAUCCCCUGACAAUUGUUCUUCAAACAUGUGGUAUCGAUACAUAGCUGGCUGAACACAUAAAUAGUCGUCGACAUUAAGCAAUACGCCACAACAUUGUUCAGACAUCUCAAGUAGUUGAACAGUGACAGAUUGUAUUUUGGAAAUCAUGAAUCUGCGAUACAUCACAGUAUCUGUUGGUCACCACUGUGUUGCUUUAAAACCGGGUUCUCCAUGGUGUGUUAGCUUCCCGGACUCCACCAGCUGCUCCCGCACUGUCUUGCUGUAUUCUUACGGAAUAUUUUUAUCACUGGUGUAUAUACAGUAGCCCCCCCCCGCCCCGCCCCUCAGCAGGCUGCUCUCUUUUUUAUGUACCAGCACUGCGAACAUGGAGACGGCGCCUUGUUUUCUAUCGUGUCAGUGUGUUUGUUCACAGCUGGAGCCCGACGCCCGCGCCCGACCCUGAUUUCGGAAGUUGCUCGGGGAUUGAAAUCCGAUGGCGGCACGAUGACUUCUGAGCCCGUGGUGCUCCUCAGCAGGCUCGAACACAGCUGUUUCAGUCUGGAAGGGCUUUUUUCCACCUUUGUUAUUGAUGUACAAAGAAAGCUAGGAUAAUCACCAUGACGCAGGAGCUUUCUUUUGAUUUCACCCUGCUGUUUUAGCGUCUCCUUUUUAGUUUCUUUCUCGACAGUCGGAACUGUUAGCUACCUGUCGCAAUGAAUAAAAUGUGCUGUUGCAGUCCAUGCAGUGUUUGGUGGUGGCCCUUUCUUCAUGCAGCUCAGCAGUUUCCUCGCCAGCCUCACUCUGGGUUGUUAUGCUGUAGGGACCGUUCUUCUUUACUUUUCAUUGGGUUCCCCUUGUUCUUAUACUUCCUUACAUUUAGCAUAGGAGGGGUGGGAUUCGAUAAAGAAUUUGUGAUGAAUUAAUCUCAAUUAAUCGCUCUUUAAUGGUAUAAGAAUAUUUGCCACAAGAAGCCACAUUUUUCAAUUUGAAUGAAUGUGGUAUAUCACUGAAUCAAAUGAUGGACCCAUACAUACAUGUAAACAACAAAACAUUGUUUGUUUUGCAUCAGUUUGACAAUAGCACAAUAAAUCACAAUGGUGACUAUAUU